CUUCUACCCCGCCGCCUCCUGACGCCGGGCGUGAUGUCACCACGCCGGCGGCCGCCAUUACAGAGAGCCGAGCUCCGGGACUAGAUCCAGCGGAGCAGGGCUGCGGCCGGCGGCCGGGUAGUGCAGGGAGAGUUCGCGGGUUCGCGCUAGCGCCGAGCAGCCGCCAGCAGCCACACAGGUACCCCGGGAACCGGCGGCGGCGUGUGCGGUGUGGCCCGUGUGCGGGCGGCGGCGCGGGAGUAGCGCGGAGCGGCAGCCGGUUCGGGCGGGUGGCAUCAUGGACGAGAAGGUGUUCACCAAGGAGCUGGACCAAUGGAUCGAGCAGCUGAACGAGUGCAAGCAGCUGUCCGAGUCCCAGGUCAAGAGCCUCUGCGAAAAGGCUAAAGAAAUCCUGACAAAAGAAUCCAAUGUGCAGGAGGUUCGAUGUCCAGUCACUGUCUGUGGAGAUGUACAUGGGCAAUUUCAUGAUCUCAUGGAACUGUUUAGAAUUGGUGGCAAAUCACCAGAUACAAACUACUUGUUUAUGGGAGAUUAUGUUGACAGAGGAUAUUAUUCAGUUGAAACAGUUACUCUGCUUGUAGCUCUCAAGGUUCGUUACCGUGAACGUAUCACCAUUCUUCGAGGAAAUCAUGAGAGCAGACAGAUCACACAAGUAUAUGUGUGCUGGGCUCCAGAUGCCACACUGGCCCUGGUGUCCUCUGGUUCCCUGGGGAGGAUAUAG